UCCUCGGGCAGGAGUUGCGGGCGGGCCCUUCCCCGCUCCUGGUCCCCCUGGAUGACGUUGCCCACAUUUUUCCUGAGUGAUGUUCACGGUGGGACAUGGCCCUCACGUAGGGUCGACAAACACGAGGAUGGACGGUGGCCCCACGUUCGCGGCUUCAUGCCUGCGCCCAGCGCAUCCAUCGGGAGAGCCCCUGCCGCGCGGGUUGGGGGAGCGCCCGAGAGGGAGGUGCGUUAGGCCGGGGCUGCGACGGACCAUCCAGCGCGGCGUCCGAGAAAGGACAGCGUCCCUCUAACGAGUCGGGUUUGAAUGAACGGACGGGAGAUCCAGUGUUGCCCGAGUGUGAUCUCAAAGAUGGGAGGUGCGGUGAGUGCUGGUGAGGACAAUGAUGAGCUGAUAGACAAUUUGAAGGAAGCACAGUACAUCCGGACCGAACUGGUGGAGCAGGCUUUCAGAGCGAUUGACCGCGCAGAUUAUUAUCUUGAAGAGUUUAAAGAAAAUGCUUAUAAAGACUUGGCAUGGAAGCAUGGAAACAUUCACCUGUCGGCUCCGUGCAUCUACUCAGAGGUGAUGGAAGCCCUGGACCUGCAGCCGGGGCUCUCGUUCCUGAACCUGGGCAGUGGCACCGGCUACCUCAGCUCCAUGGUGGGGCUCAUUUUAGGUCCUUUUGGGGUAAACCAUGGUGUGGAGCUUCAUCCAGACGUGAUUGAGUACGCAAAGCAGAAACUAGACUUCUUCAUUAGGACCAGCGACAGCUUUGACAAGUUUGACUUCUGUGAACCUUCCUUUGUUCCUGGCAAUUGCCUGGAGCUUUCUCCCGACUGCUCUCAGUAUGACCGGGUGUACUGCGGGGCAGGUGUGCAGAAGGAGCACGAGGACUACAUGAAGAGUCUUCUCAAGGUGGGGGGCAUCCUGGUCAUGCCGCUGGAAGAGAAGCUGACUAAGAUAACGCGCACAGGACCUUCUGCGUGGGAAACCAAAAAGAUCCUGGCUGUUUCCUUUGCUCCUCUGGUCCAGCCGCGCCGCUCAGAGUCGGGGAAAUCAAGACUCGUCCAGUUACCCCCCCUGGCGGUCCGGAGCCUCCAGGACUUGGCUCGCAUUGCCAUCCGGGGUGCCAUUAAGAAGGUCAUUCACCAGGAAGCAGUGAGCAGAAAUGGGGACGGACUCAAGGCCACUCCCAGGUUCAAGCGAAGGAGAGUGCGUCGACGUCGAAUGGAAACCAUUGUCUUCUUAGACAAAGAGGUCUUUGCCAGUCGGAUUUCCAACCCGUCUGAGGACAACAGCUGUGAAGGUUUAGGAGAGGAGCAGCGGGAAGAAGAGGAGCAGAGCCCGGCUGAGAUGAAGCCAGAGCCCCCUGUGAACUUCCUGCGGGAGAAGGUCCUGAGCCUGCCCCUGCCUGACCCCCUGAAGUACUACCUGCUCUACUACAGGGACAAGUGAGCGCACGUGGGCGGCGCUGAGGCUGUGGCCAGUGGAGUGUGCCCUGUCUGCACGGUUCUUCCAGUUUGAUCUUGAUUAUCUUGUAGAAUUUUCAUUAAAUGGUAGAUUUCUUUAAAUAUAAUCUGACAAACGUAA